GAACCCCAUUUCAUUUUACUUUGCCGAAGGAGGGUGAUGUCAUUCAGCCCUUGACCAGCAUAACGCCACCUCUUAUUGGCCAGCUUAAAAUGGGACCCAGAAGACACAGCACACCAAUUGACCCUACAGCCAGUGACAGGAAAGAUGUAUCUCCUGCUGCUGCCGGGGCUGCUGCCAGCUCCCAGAAAGCAUCAUCUGUGUUUAGUCGUGUCUGUGAAGUUCGUCGAGAGGAUGAGGCCAGAGGUCAUGGUCUUUCCACUUCUCCAUUUAGGGGGAAUCUGUUCAGUUUUCCUGGCACACAAGAAGAUGCUGAAGUACAUAAAAAUGUCAGUGGUUGGCAGUACCAGCAACACAAGGCAGAUGACAGUGGUGGACAGGUCCUAAUUCCUCAGACGAUGCCGCAGGACUGCCAUCAACAACCUUCUGGUGCAGAGGAUGGCGCAUAUGUGGAGACUGGUAUUGUAAGCACUCAGACAGAAGGGAGAAGAAUGCAGAAGAAACCCAGUAAGGCUGUUAAAAUUGAUGAAAGCCAAGAGAGGUGCGAACACACUAAGAAUAAAGGGAUUCAAACUACAGCAGACUGUCUUUUUACACAAACAACUGUUACAACAGCAACACAAACAUCAGAAGAAAUCUGUAGGCAGGUGGAAGUGGGAACCAGUAUGUCUGGGCAAAGACCUGGGCGACAAGAUGCAAAUGUCCAAACUGAGGAGAGUGGCAAAAAGCUUGUGAACGCUUCUGGAGAGGACACAGACUCUCUGCACAGUCAGGGAGAGGAGGAGUUUAACCUUCUUCACCCACCCAAAGGCCGAGUUCAGCAUCGCCACAUGCGAACUAUUCGAGAAGUGCGCACUGUUGUUACGCGUGUUAUAACAGAUGUUUACUACAUAAAUGGUGCAGAGGUGGAACGAAAAGUGGUUGAGGAAACUGAGGAGCCUGUCGUAGAGUGCCAGGAGUGUGAGACUGACACAUCCUCCUCCAGAACUGCAGUGGGCUCAUCACUGACCUCAGGGGACCUUGGUGAUGUCAGCUCCUUCUCAUCUAAGGCCUCAAGCCUCCACCGUACAUCCAGUGGAGCAAGCAGUGGUCACUCUGCCACACACAGCAGCAGCAGCAGCUCAGGGCGAGGAACUGCAGCUAUCAAAGGGAAAGUGUGUGGGACAGAAACUGGAGAGUUUGCUUUACCCAUUGGCAGAGGUGUCUUAGGAAAAUUAAGCCCUAGGAAAGCAGCUGGUCAGCCAGCAUCUCCGCUCAGAGUUAGCCAGACAGGAGCACUGCCUUGUGAGGAAGAGGAGGACUCUAUGCCUGGCACUCGUCAGGGUGGCAGAGCACCUGUGACACCUCGUGGGCGAGGAAGAAGAGGCCGCCCACCAUCUCGAACAACAGGAACAAGAGAUUUAGCUGGACUGCCAGGUGUGGAGGAUCUCUCAACUACAGCAUCACCUGAGGAGAAAUCAUUUACUCAUUCACUUCGCCUGCCAGAGGGAGGGGAGAAAUCUGAUGCUUCUGGCUUCUGUGCCUUACGUCGAAGUGACUCUCCAGAAAUCCCAUUACAAGUGGUGACUGGUCCUUCGGACUGUGCAGACUCAUCCUCUGGGAGCAGCUUUGUGGGCCUCAGGGUUGUAGCAAAGUGGUCCUCAAAUGGGUACUUCUAUUCCGGGAUGAUUACCCAAGAUGUUGGGGCAGGAAAGUACAAGCUGCUCUUUGAUGAUGGAUAUGAAUGUGAUGUGCUAGGAAAAGAUAUUUUACUCUGUGAUCCUAUCCCACUGGAGACUGAGGUGACUGCACUCUCGGAGGAUGAAUACUUUAGUGCAGGUGUGGUGAAGGGACACCGGAAGGAGUCUGGAGAGCUAUACUAUUGCAUUGAAAAGGAAGGCCAGAGGAAGUGGUACAAACGAAUGGCUGUUAUCCUGUCUCUGGAACAAGGAAAUAAGCUCCGGGAGCAGUUUGGGCUAGGUCCUUAUGAACCUGUCACCCCCCUGACCAAAGCAGCUGACAUCAGUCUUGAUAAUCUUGUGGAAGGGAAGCGGAAGCGACGCAGUAACCUUGGUUCUCCCAGCACUUCCAGCAGCAGCACAACUCCCACUCGUAAAGGGCAGGAGAGUCCACGCAUCCCACCAGGCACACUAUCUGGGAAAAGGAAACUCGUUGCUUCUGAAGAUGAGAGAUCCCCAGCUAAACGUGGCCGCAAGUCAGCAAUGAUAAAGCCUGGGGCUGUGAGAGCCGGAGAGUUUGUCAGCACCUGUGAAGGUGUAGAUGCUGUAGAUACCCCAGUACUGGAGGACCAUCAUGGACCCUUGCCCCACAAUAAGACCCUCUUCUUGGGUUAUGCCUUUCUCCUCACCAUGGCAACAGCCAGUGACAAAUUGGUCAAUCACCAGAAGCCAUCAGAUGGUCCCACAGGGAGUAGUGAGGAGGAAGAAGAAUUUUUAGAGAUGACUCCAUAUGACAAACAUUACAUAGCACAGCAGCUGCGAGCAGGAGCUGGAUAUAUCCUGGAAGACUUCAAUGAAACCCAGUGUAAUGCAGCAUAUCAGUGUCUUUUAAUUGCGGAUCAGCAUUGUCGAACUCGGAAAUACUUGCUGUGCCUUGCCAGAGGGAUCCCUUGUGUGUCUCAUAUAUGGGUCCAUGAUAGCUGUCAUGCUAACCAGCUUCAAAAUUAUCGGAAUUACCUUUUGCCAGCUGGUUAUAGCCUCCAGGAGCAAAAAUUGCUAGAAUGGCACCCACGAGAAAACCCAUUCCAUAACCUGAAGGUUCUCCUGGUGUCAGACCAGCAGCAGAACUUCCUGGACCUGUGGUCUGAAAUCCUUAUGACGGGGGGAGCAGCAUCUGUUAAACAGCAUUACGCAAAUGCUCACAACAAAGAUAUUGCUUUGGGUGUUUAUGACGUGGUGGUGACUGAUUUUUCCUGCCCAGCUGGUGUCUUGAAGUGUGCAGAAGCUUUACGGCUGCCUGUUGUCUCACAAGAGUGGGUGAUCCAGAGCCUUAUUGCUGGGGAGAGAGUAGGCUACAACAAGCAUCCAAAAUAUAAACAUGACUAUGUCCCCCACUAAACUAAAACUUUAGUUGUUUAGUGCUGUCCCACUGUUGUGCAGACUGUGUUUUAAUCAGGUUUUAAAUGUUUGUGUAAUUGGACAGUGUGCAUGGAUUACUGUAUAUAGUUUUAUCUACUGGACUUUUAUGAUGAAAUAAAUGUUUGAUCUCUUGUGGU